AUGGAGUUGUCUUCAUGUCUCCCCCCGACAUCUUCACCGGCCUCGCCGGCAGCUGCCACGGCCAACCUCUCCUUGCCGGAUUUGGCCGAUUUCUUUGCUCAACCAGAUUUCGCACGCGCUUUGCAUAACUUCUUGAUAGCGACCAAGGCCGACCCCGGCUCGCUCACCGCCGGCAAGGACCUGUCGUCAUCUUCCCGUCAAAUUGGGAGUUCGUCUAGGAAGCUUGCCCCGACCUCAGCCACUUUGAACAUUGCUCCGACCUCUCCCAGCCUCACCGUCGCCGACAUUGGACCUCCUCCGGCGCCUCUGUCUCAGCCGGAAAACCUUCUGUUUGGCUUCCUGCUAGUGGCUUCCAGUGUUGAGCAAUUCAUCAACUGGGCUUGGGUGAGGCCGAAGAGGAUCGAGAGGCUAUUCAGAAAACAGGGCAUGAAAGGCACUACAUACAAGCCUUUGUUAGCGGACAUGAAAGAAGUUGAUGAACUCUACAAGAAAGCUUUCGCCAAACCCAUCGACUUUGCUGAUGAUAUCGUGCCUUGUCUCAUGCCCAACAUUCUCGACACCUUUAGGCCGUGUUUGGAUACAAAUAAACUAAAUUUUUACUGA